AUGGGGGCGCGGGGUGCGUUUCUUCAGCGGAGACGGCACUCUGCACGCUCUCAGAGGCACUGUUUCCGGGAGGAUUCCUUUGUCCGGGCCAGGGCUCAGCCGCCACUGGAAAACAAGCCGUUGAACUUUCCCGGGGUGCCCGCCUGCAGCCCUAGACUCAGCGUGUUCCCUGGAGCCUCAUCGCUCCGAGCCGAAUUUCGCUCUGCGGGGCUGGAAGUCAAGCCUAGAUUUUUGGCCGACGUGGCAAGGCCCCUCCCAGCCCUGGGGCCGGAGUUGACCGCGGACUCCCCUCGGGUGCCUGAGCGAGCCGCUCGGUGUGUUCCCUACGCAGCCUGGCAGCUGCCGGUCGGAUGCCCACCGGAGUUGCGAGCAGAGCCGGAGCCGGUUCUAAGCGCCUUUCCCAACCUCUCUAUGUUGUUGCGGUUCUCCCCCUGUGAAUUUUGUUGCUUUUAUGGGCGAGGUCUCGGCUGCUCAUCUCAAGUUUGGGUGUCUUUUCUGCCUCCCGCUCCCUGCCCAGAGAUGGCGUCGCUGGAGACCGUCAUGCCUUCGCCCUGCGUCCGCAGCGGAGCCGCCAACCCGUCCAAGGCGCUGGCCUUCUCCAUCGAGCGGAUCAUGGCCAAGGGCUCGGAGCCCGCCCGGCCCCUCGAGGCCCGGCGCAGCGAGUCGCCCCCCAAGAAGCUGCUGGGCCUGUGCGCUCCCAUCCCCUGCGUGAUCCCCAUCCAGCCGCUGCCGCCGGGCUACGAGGCGCCCUCCAAGGCGCUGCUCAGCUACUCCGAGCUCUGGAAGAGCAGCCUGCGCCACUCGACGGCCGCCUUCUGCAAGGCCAGCUGCGGCGUGUGCUGCAAGGCCGGCGAGCUGCCCCCGCCGCCGCUGCCCGCCGCCCCCGGCCGGGUCAUCAAGCCUCAGGCGCUGCCCGUGCCGCCCGCCGCCGCCGCCGGCCUCUACUACUUCAACUACCUGGAGUCGGCCGCGUACCCCCCGUCGGAGCUCUUCCCAGCCGGCCUGCUGCACUCGCCCGGCCCCGCCGCCGCCGCUCUCUCGGCUCACCAGAAGCUCUUCCUGCUGGAGAACGCCAAGCUGGCCGCCUUGGCCCCGCCGCCGGCCCCGUCGGAGAAGUUCCCCACCGGCGGAGCGCACUACCCGCACAAGGAGCGCCUCCCCGGGCAGCUGGACCAGGUGAUGAAGGAGAACGCGGCGCUGGCCGCCGACAGGAGCGGCCUCAAGGGGCAGCACGCCAAGCUGGGCGCCACGGCGGGCGGCGGGGCCGGGGCCGACGGCAAGCCCAAGAACUUCACCUGCGAAGUGUGCGGCAAGGUGUUCAAUGCCCAUUAUAACCUCACUCGCCACAUGCCGGUUCACACGGGAGCCAGGCCCUUCGUGUGCAAAGUUUGCGGGAAAGGCUUCCGCCAGGCCAGCACCCUCUGUAGACACAAAAUCAUCCACACGCAGGAAAAACCUCACAAGUGUAACCAAUGUGGGAAAGCUUUCAAUAGAAGUUCCACGUUAAACACUCACAUUAGGAUCCAUGCAGGCUACAAACCCUUCGUGUGUGAAUUUUGUGGCAAAGGAUUUCAUCAAAAAGGGAAUUACAAGAACCACAAGCUGACGCACAGCGGCGAGAAGCAGUACAAGUGCACCAUCUGCAACAAAGCCUUCCACCAGAUCUACAACCUGACCUUCCACAUGCACACGCACAACGACAAGAAGCCCUUCACCUGCGGCACCUGCGGCAAGGGCUUCUGCAGGAACUUUGACUUGAAGAAGCACGUGCGGAAGCUGCACGACGCCGCUCUAGCCGCGCCGCAACCCAAAGAGCUCGCGCGGACCGGGCCCAGCUAG